AUGGAGACUCUGCGCGACACUGCAUUUGGCAAACUGGUUCGAUUAGCUACUCGGUACAAAUGGAUGCAGUAUCCAGAAGAAAAGGAUCUCUCCGUGUGGACCGAAUAUCUCAAGACCGAAACAAAAGACGAAGGAGAAUCCUAUAUCUCGACGGUAGAGACUGAAAAUGAGAACGCCGAAGAUCUGGAGGCUGUCGGUAUAUAUACCGUCAUGUCUCAGUGCUCAACCCGGCCAAGAAGGAUGUCCUCUGCUGCGACUAUUGGGGGUCCGAAUCAGUCAAUACUCGUUAGUUGGCGAGGACCUGAUGACCCAGAAAAUCCUCAAAAUUGGAGUAUCAAAAAGAAGGUCUUCGUCAGUACCUUGAUUUGGCUUUUAACAUUUUCCAUCUACAUUGGCUCUGCAAUUUAUACUCCGGGUAUCCCUGGUAUCGAAGAGCAAUUCGGCGUGAGCAGUGUUGCAGGUCUACUGGGCCUAACACUUUUUGUCAUUGGCUAUGGAAUUGGCCCCAUGAUCUGGUCUCCAUUAUCCGAGAUCCCCAAAAUCGGCCGCAGUCCGACAUACGUCCUAACACUAUUUGUAUUCGUGUUCUUCAAUUUUGGCGUCAUCUACGCCAAAAACUUCGGUAUGCUUCUAGCAUUCCGAUUUCUCACCGGCUUCAUUGGUUCUCCUGCACUAGCGACCGGUGCAGCGUCCAUGGGCGAUAUCUGGAGUCCCAAGAUUCGCGACUACAUGAUUGGGAUAUGGGGGAUGUUUGCAAUCUCGGCUCCGGUAUUGGGCCCAAUGCUCGGUGGCUUUGCCUACUCUGCAAAGGGAUGGACGUGGACUAUUUGGCAGCUAAUGUGGGUAUCGGGCUUUGCAUUUGUCCUUUUGUUUUUCGGGCUGCCGGAGACAUUUGCGCCGAAUAUUCUUGCUCGGCGUGCUCGGCGCGUGCGUCGGAUUACAGGAAAUUCGCAAUACUUGUCAGAGUCGGAGAUCGAGAGUAAAGGGAUCAAGCCAGUGGAUCUCCUAUUCGAAGCCUUAAUUAGGCCAUUCCAACUCUGUUUCCUCGAACCCAUCGUCCUACUUCUGAAUCUCUAUAUCUCUCUCAUCUACGGUAUUCUCUACAUCUGGUUCGAAGCUUUUCCAAUCGUCUUUGAAGAACUCCGCGGCUUUAAUCCUGGCGAAGGUGGCCUCGCCUUCAUGGGCAUUCUAGUGGGAACAAUCUGCAUCGCUAUCCCAGGCUACUUCUACUGGAAAUACAAGUACCAGUCAAAGUAUUUUGAUGCAGAUGGCAACAUUGCACCGGAAUGGCAGAUGCCGCCAGCAUGCCUUGGGGCGUUCGCGCUUCCGAUCUCACUAUUCUGGUUCGGCUGGACAGGCAACUUUGCUAGUGUGCAUUGGAUUGUGCCGAUUAUCGCCUCGAUGUUUUUUGCUCUUGGAGGAUGUUUGAUCUUUAACUGCAUAUUCUGUUAUCUUGCACAUGCUUAUCCCCGGUAUGCGGCCAGUGUGCUUGCGAGCAAUGAUUUCUUGCGCUCUUCUUUUGGGGCUGGAUUUCCGCUCUUUGCGUCAGCCAUGUUUCACAAUUUGGGGGUUGGAUGGGCCUGUACUUUGUUGGGCUGCUUGACUCUUGUGUUUGUGCCGUUUCCCUUUAUUCUGUUUUUCAGGGGGAAGAGAAUUCGGAUGGCGAGUAAAUACGCUCGGCAUGAUAUUUAA